AUGGUUUCAGAAGAAGCUAAAAAGGAACUAUAUGAUGUUGCAACAAAGAAUGACGUAGAAACUUUCCAAAUAAUUGUGCAACAACAUCCAUUUCUUGUUGAUCAUGUUUCAUUUCCACGUUCAAGAAGUCUCUUACAUUUUGCAGCUGAAAAUGGGCGCGUUGAGAUUGCCAGAGAAUUGUUAUCUGUAGCCCCUGAGAUGCGUUGGUGGCAAGAUGAUCAAGGCAUGAACCCGGUUCAUAUUGCAGCCAUGAGAGGGCAGGUCGAGAUCUUAAAGCUGCUGCUUCAGCUGGACUUGUAUCCAGCGAUGGAGAGACUGAAUCGAGGCCAAACUGUGAUGCACUUGUGCGUGAAACAUCGUCAGCUUGAGACGUUGAAGUGUUUGGUUGAGGAAAUAAGCGAUCUUGUGAAUGUGAAGGAUGAUGAUGGGGACACACUCUUGCAUUUGGCUGUUAGGUGCGAUCAAGUUGAGAUGGUAAAAUAUUUGGUGGAGGACUAUAAAGUAGAGAAUCUAACGGAGAACUCCAUGGGCAAAACACCGCUGGAUAUCUUGAGAGGGAACUCCCAACACACCACUAGGCCUUCAGAAAUUGAAAGGUUACUACUUUUGGCAUAUGACCCAAUUCCCAACACCUAUCGCGAGAUGACUGACAUGACAAUGGUGGUGGUGGGCCUGAUAGCCGCGAUGGCAUUCAGUGCGGCGGUCAACCCCCCGGGUGGCGUGUGGCAGGACGACACGUCAUCACACAGAGCCGGCAAAGCAAUAAUGGCAUCUUCACAUCCCACACUAUACAAAUACUUCUCUCAUGCUAACAACACCGCUUUCAUUUCAUCUCUCUUAGUAAUCUUACUCGUAGCCAUGCGAGCGCCAAGAAAUGCAUCUCUUUUCGUGGAAGUCAUCUUGUAUGCAACGUUGGCGUCGAUGGUAUCUAUUGGAGUGAGUUAUGGAACAUCCUUAAUCAUGACCAAUCCUAUUGAAACACAAACAGUUGGCCAAAUUGUUGCUAUAGUAGUUGCUGGGACAGUGGGCGUCAUUGCAUUAGUACUCGUAUGUACUGUUUUAGAGAGUUCGUUCAAUACGUGGAAGAGAAAGAAACUGCAGCAUACAGAUCGUAAAUUCAAUGAUUUUAUAUUUCGCUUUCAAUAUCAGUUUCAGCAGACCAUGAACUAUCUCUUUGCCAGACUAAUUAGGAGGGGCGGGCCACCCCCUCCUACCCGUCCGGGGAGCCCAAAUAUCCUCUAG